UCAGGAAAUAGCCGUUCGUUACUUGAUGUUGAAAUUUAAAAAUUCAUGUUUUUUUUUUGGAAAUUAGUUUUUUAUUUAUCAUAUAUUUAUUAAGAGCUAAUGUAAAUGAGAAACAUUCUAGCACAAAUGAUUUUUUGAACAAUUGAUUGAAAAUAUAUGAUAAAAAUGGAACUUGGUGCUGAAAUAAAUCAAAAAGUUAAAAAAACAAUAAAAAAGCAAUUGCAAGCUCUGGAUUGUUAUGUUGAUGAUGAACUCCCUGAAUACAUAAUGGUGAUGAUAGCAAACAAGAGAAAUGAAAAGGAAAUGGUGGAUGAUUUAACACUUUUUCUUGGAGCAGAAGCUGAAAAAUUUGUUUCAUGGUUACUUGUUGUAUUAGGGAGAAUUAAAAAGGCAAUGGAGUUACCGGAUAUUACAGAAAUUAACAAUGGAGAAUCAAAAAAAAAACUGAAAAAGUCUGGAGAAUGCAGCAGUGAUGAAAAGCAUAAAAAAUCAAAUCUAAAAGACAAAAGGAAAUUUAGGGAAGAAAAAUGUGAAGGAGAUAAGAUAAAAAAAGACAAACCGAAUGAAAAAAGUGAAAUUGAAGUUGGCAAUAAAAUUGAAAAAAAUGACCGCAAUGAUGUAGAAAGUUUACGUAAAGAUAAAGAAAAACAUAAAGAUAAAAGACGAGAAUGGCAGAAUGAAAAGGAAAAAGUAGUUGAUCGAACAAGUACCAAAAUACAAAAAAAAGAGAACGAGCCUGAAAAGAAAGAUGAAAAAAAAAAGGAUAUUAAAAAAGAAAAAAAUGUAUUAAAUAGAAAAGAAAAAGAAAAAAAAGAAGGAAAAGUUGAAAAGGCAAAAAAGGUAGAAGAUGAUGACGGUUCUGAAAAAACAAAAAUUAGUAAAAUGCAGAAAAUAGAUAAAAGUUUAAAAAAAAAAACUAACUUAGAAAAACUAAUUGCAAAAGAAAAAAUUGAUGAUAGUGAAGAUAUUCGUAUCAAUGCCGAGGCUGAAGCCAGAAGAAUCGAACAGCGUACUGAUAGGAGAAGCAAUCCGAUGGAAUUUGUUAAAAAAAUAGCAUAUGAUAUUAAUAAAAGACUAAAUGUUAGUGAAACUACUGUUGAAAAAAAUGAAGUAGAAAAUAUACUUGAAAAAUCUAAUGAAAAACCCUUAAAUAAUAAAAAUAAAACACCAGGUGGUGCAUUAAAUGACUCUCUCCACGCUGUUAGCCAAUAUGAAGAUAGAGACGUUGAAACUAAAAAAAACAAAACAAAUGAAAAACUGUCUUCAAAUCGAAGAUCUUUAUCUCAAAGCAAAAAAGAAAAAAAUAGGUCAGUAUCAAAGACACGAACACGGUCAAGAUCUCGGUCACGGUCAAGAACUCGUUCAAGGACACGGUACACAAAUAGAUUGGUUAAUGAACAAAAUUUAACUAAAAGAAAAGAUCGAUCUCGUAGCAGAAGUUUAAAAAGAAAUUUUAAAAGUAGAGGGCGAUCAAAAAGUAAUUCUCUUCAUAAAACCACUAGAAGAGACAACAAGGGGCGUUCAAGAAGUAACUCACUUCAUAGAACCAUAAGAAGAAGCUUUCGAUCAAGAAGCCCAAAGCGAAACAAAUCUCAUUCAAGAAGUCCCCAUAAAGAUACUAAAAAGCAUCGAUCUAAUAGUCCUCAUCGUUCAAGAAGACAUUCCAAAUCUAUUAGUCCACAAAGGAGGGUUUAUAAUAAAGAUAAUAAAAAAAAGUCUUCACACAAGUCUAAAGAUGAAAAGUUAGAUAAAGUCCAGAAAGACAAAUCAAAUGAUGUAAUCGACAAGAAAUAUGAAAGUUCAAAAGACAGUAAACGAAGACCAAACAUUCAUAGAGAUCACCAGGCAUCAUCAGUGUUGUUAAAAAAAGCUAUGGCUGAAGUAGUGGUGAAAAAACCUUUGGUUGACAUCAAGGUGACUGAUAAUGAAGAAGAAGGUAAUUCUGAUAACAAUAUGGACAAAGAAAAAAUCUUAAAAGAUACUUAUGAUGAAAAUAUUGAGAAAGUUCUUCAUGUUAAAUCAAAUGAGGAUAUAACUUUAGAUUCUCAUAGUAGAGAUCGUAGAGUGAUAAACAUCGAUGAGUCUCAGAUUACUGUUUGUUUUAAUGUUAAUGAUUCUGAUAAUCGAAUAAAAUCAAAAGGAUCUGGGAAAGAGCUAGAUAAAGGUGAAACAAAUAAUAAAAAUGGGAUAAGUAAGUAUGAUGCAAGGUAUGCAAUUUUAAAAUCACGAGACCAAAACAACAAGCAGCUUGACAAAUAUUCAAGAUCGAACACAAUCAAAGAGUCUAAAAAAAAAGAAUAUGCAGGAAGCAUGGUAGCUGAUAUUGAAGAACAAGCGCGCAAACAACAACGGUAUACUCAAAGAAAAAUAUUGAGAAAUAAUAAACGACACUCCGAAAACAAAAGUAGCUAUACUCAUAAAAGGGUUGCAGAAGAUUCAAGUGAAAGUGAUUCUCAGACUCAUACAGAUGUAUUAAAAACAGAAACAAGACGUAUUGAACUUCAGGAAAUAUCAAGACAUUUAAAACCAACUGUAGAUUUGAGGGAACUGUUAAAACGAGAUAAACCAUUGAGUGAUGAUGAAGAUGUUUUAGCUAGAAAACUCAGACAAAAAUUAAAAGAAGAAAAACAUAAGCGUUUAUUUGGGAAACUUGCCCCUGGGGAAGAAACAAUUCUUAAGGAAGAACGAAUGCAUUUAAGAAAAGAGUUAAAAAAAAGGACAAUCCAAAAAAAAAUUACUAAGCAACCUGUUUUAGAAACCUCGAUUGUUGAUAAAAAAAAGGAAGAUAAUGUAGAAGAUGAAUUCUCAGAUGAAUGGGUUGAAAAUCAGCAAGCAGAAAAUAACAUAAAUGAAAGUGAUAAUGAAAAUAAACAGAGAAAGUUUAACAAAAAAAAUCAGAAAAUAAAAUGCAAAAAUGAAGGAUAUUCGUACAAUGAUGAUGAUACAAAUAAAGAAUUUUCAGUAGACAAUGAAGCAGAAAACCUGGAUGGAAACAAUGAUAUUGAAUCAGAAAUAAGAGAUAAUGAAAUCCAAAUACAUUUGGAAGCAGGGAAAAGAAGUGCUGAAAAGAUUGAAGAGUCAAUUGAAGAUGAGGUUACCAAUGUAACUAGAGGUGAAAUAACAAAUACUAAAAUAGAAGACCAAAACAAUGGAAACACUUCAAAAGAUAAAUCUGCUGAAAAAAGAAAAAAAAAGAGAGUAAAGCAUGAGUUUAUUGUAACAUUAGAUGGUAUUGAUGUCAGCAGGCACUUGUCAGGUAAUACUGAAUUUUCUCCUAAGCAUCAUUCUAGGCAGCAUCAAAAAGAAUCCAGGGACAGAAAAGAAAGUUCCAGUUUUACACAGAGCGAUGAGGAGUUUGAGGAAAUUAUGAAGAAAAAAGACAAAGAAAGUGAACAGCUUGAGCGUAAUAAAAGAAAACAUCGCGAAUCUAGACAUUCAUAUAACCGAAGAAGAAAAUUAUCUGAUAGCGUAGAGCUAGAAUUAGAACUAGCAGAACAGAAACUUAAAGCACAAAAGCUUUUGCGUAAGUCUUUAAAACAAGUACAGAACUUGGAUACUAAAAUGCUUAUAGAAAAAACCAAACACAAAACAUUUAUUAAUCCUCAUUUCCAACCUAAAAUUCCAAUCAUAGAUAAUGUUUCUAGUCCAUUAAACAAUUUUUGUUUGUUACCUACAUUGCACCUUGUUGUACCUCCUUCACCCACAGUUGAAACAAAUACCUUAAAUGAAGUUAAAGAGACAAUAGAUACUAAUAUCCCUAAUAUGAAAUAUUCUUGUGAUUACAAUGAACCCAUUACACCGAAUGCAGCUGCAUUAGUAGUUAAUUCUACUGAAACAACAAAUGUUAAAGUUACUGUAGAAGAAUCUUCUUUUCCUGAACAAAAAAAUCGUACAAUACAGGAACGCUGUGUGUACUGGCCUUCUUGUAAAAAUAGUUUUUGCAAAUAUGUACAUCCUAGUAUACCUUGCAAAGCAUUUCCAAAAUGUUCAUUUGGUGAUAGAUGUUUGUACAUCCAUCCAAUAUGUAAAUUUGGUGAGAGAUGCAAUGUUGCAGAUUGUCAAUAUAUACACUCAAAGUCUUUACCUUUAAUGCCAGGAUCACAACAAAUUUGUAACUUUGGUUUAAAUUGCUCCAAGUUGGACUGUUCAUUUAAACACCCUAUUCCAAUGCCUUGUCGUUAUGGAAACUUGUGCAAGAAUCGUGAUUGCUUGUAUACACAUGAAAAACCGGCAACCGGAUCUUCUUUAAAAUGGACUGCAGGGAAAUUACACAUUAGUGAAAGAAGUUUUGCUGUUGAUGAAUCUAAAGUUACCGAAACACCGAUUGCCAUUACUCUAAAUUAAUUUUUUUAAAAGAUCUGAUGUUAAGUGUUCUUUUUUAAACACUUAUUUGUGUUAGCUACGUGUCUGACGUUUUGUAUAGUAUGAUUUGUUAUUUUUGAUUCAAAUAACUCGGUGUUUAACUGUAACCCUCCGAUAAA